UCACAGCUCUGCUACCAGCUGAUGUACUGGUACCCGUGGUGGUGGAGGGGUGGGGGUGGCUGAUGUGUGUAAGAGGGGGGAUGAGCGAGGCUUAGGAACAGCGAGAGAGAGAGAGAGAGAGGGGAGGAAGAGCGCGCACUCCAGGUUGGCGCAGGCACCGGUCCGGGAGAGGGAAGCGCGGAGCGACGAGGCAGCAUGGCUUCGUCUCAUGGGAGAAGCGACCUGCGCUUCGCGGACUGGAUGGCGAGCUUACCGGCGAACAUGCACAGGAUCCCGCUGACCAACCUGGCCAUCCCCGGUUCCCACGAUUCCUUCAGCUUCUACAUCGAUGAGGCCUCUCCGGUGGGCCCCGAGCAGCCAGAGACGGUGCAAAACUUUGUUUCAGUUUUUGGUACGGUGGCCAAGAAACUAAUGAGGAAAUGGCUGGCCACGCAGACUAUGAACUUCAUCAGCCAACUGGAGGCCGGGAUCCGCUUCUUUGACCUUCGCAUCUCCACCAAGCCACGCGACCCAGACAACGAGCUGUUCUUCGCCCACGGCCUCUUCAGUGCCACGGUCAGAGAAGGUUUGGAGCAGAUCAGCACUUUCCUGUCAGCACAUGCCAGAGAGGUGGUUUUUCUGGACUUUAACCACUUUUAUGGUGUCCAGAACCUGCACCAUGAAAAACUGGUGGCCAUGUUGAGGGAGGUGUUCGGAGACAAACUUUGUCCCGUCGUGUUUGCUCAAGAGGUGACUCUGCAGUAUUUGUGGGAGAAAGAGUACCAGGUGCUUGUCUUCUACCAUCACCCCAUGGCGCUGGAGGUGCCCUUCCUCUGGCCGGGCCAGAUGAUGCCCUCUCCGUGGGCCAACACCACUGACCCAGAGAAGCUAGUUCAGUUUCUGCAGGCAUCCGUCACCGACCGCAGGAGAAAGGGGACAUUUUUUGUCUCUCAGGUGGUUCUGACGCCAAAAGCCAGUACUGUGAUGAAAGGCGUGGCCAGUGGAUUGAGGGAGACGAUAACUGAAAGGGCUUUACCGGGAAUGAUGCAGUGGAUCCGAUCGCAAAGACCCGGAGAGAGCGGCAUUAACAUCAUUACAGCUGAUUUUGUGGAGCUCGGCGAAUUCAUCAGCGCCGUCAUCACCCUCAAUUAUCAUUACCUUGAUGACGAUGAUGAUGAUGCUACCUGAGAACCCACACGGAGGGGGGGGGGGCGUUAGGAGGUCGCAGUCACCACCACUACCAGCGGUGGUUGGGCCUGUGCUGUCACCCUUUUCACUUUGGCAUUUAUUUCAGGAGGGGAGCGGCACCGCUCCUCUCACUUUAUUUAGGGCUACAGUGAACUGAGAGAGGGGUGUUGAGGUGGUUCAAGCUGAAACUGGAAGAAACGACAGUGGCGUUUGAUUAGAGCUCUGUGAGAAGGAGGUUUUUUUUUGUUGUUUAUUUCUUUUUGUUUGGUUACUCUUUUUUUUUAAGUUUCCUUUACUCUGCUGUAAAAAGUCCUGCUUUUUUUUCCAAGGAUCACAUGCACUACUUUCAGUCUGUAACAAACCUACUCUCCUCUGGGCGUUGAAAUUGCUCCACUAACCUAACCGGUGAAUCGGUCUAGACAUCGUAGAAACAGUGACUGUUUACAAAAAGGUUGUUUUAAAUUAUUCUGUGUAAGUCAAACUGUUGGCUUGUAUAAGUAGAUAGAUGCUGUCGGUCUUGUUAAAAAAAAAAAGUCCAAGUAAAGUUUUUUAUCUUUUGUUUUUUUAAUGAAACUUUAUGCAUCCCUGGUCAACUAUAGGUGUUUUUUUUUUGGAAAAACAGCUUGAAUGCAGUGUGUUUUUAAUGUGCUAAUCUAAAAAAAAAAAAAAGAAAGCUAAAAUGGGAACUUUUUCCUCCCCCAACAUUGUUCCCUCAGGUGGUCUUCUUACCAUAUUGUGUCCACUGAUGUGAACUUCCAUUCGAAGCAUCUGCUGUGCUGUCUUAAGAUGAAAAUGUGAAUUUAUUUGGUCAAAUUGACGACUACUUCAGAAUCUAGAAAGGAAGAUAGGACAACAAUCAUAUGAUUUGAUCCUUCUGCAAAUAACAUUUACCUUCACAUUUUUAGCAUGUUUGAAAUUUUAGAGCACUACUCAGUUAACCCUUUAACGCCUGAAGCCCCAGCGGUGACAUCCAAACACAAAAUCUUUAACAUUCUAAAACUUUUCAACCGGUAGAUCAAUGUAAUUCCAGUAGAUCAACUACAUUGACUGUGUUGAAAAUUAAAAUAAAUGACAGUAAAUCAAAGAAAAUAAAACUUGGAGCUCCGGUGUUUAAGGGUUUAGUAUCUAGGGUCACACUAGUCGUGAUCACCAAGUGAAACAUACAGUCUUUUGGAUCCAUGAGUGUCUCCGUCUCUUUCCUUCGCUGGUUGACUUUUAUUUAUUUAUUUAUUUAUUUAUUUAUUUUCAAUGUUCAUGUAAGAUUGAGUCACAAUCGGCUUUAGGAUGUACUGUUUGUUUUGUUAAAGUCCCACUCCGAUUGUCUUUUGAUCUAUUCUAAAAGCGUUCCCAGCAAGUGUUUUUCGGCAAAAAAAAAAAAACAUUCAUUUUCUAAGACAUAGUUUCUGCAGAGCGGCAGCAGUUCAUCAGAAGUUAGCCUCUGAGUCAUUGGCGAGACCACAGAUAAGGAGUAACUCCGGAUUCACUCAGCACGACGUGGAAAUGCCGUGAAGCAGAGUGCGCGCGGAAUCUGCGUCGAAUCCGCUUUCACGCCAGACACAUAUUUUUUACCGACAGUCGACAGGCGCUUCUGCUCAACUGUGGUUAUUUAGAGCUUCUACAAUUAAUUUGACAUUGUCAAUCUUUAUUUGUCGGCAACUGCUCUGUUACUUGUCCUUUAAGACACCCAACCACUCCGCCCCGCCGCGCCAUAGUUGGCCUACUACAUUGAUCUGUGUGUGUCUGUGUGUGUGUCUUUGAUUUUUGUGUGUUGUUUGUGUUUUUACUAUAUUUUCACUUCCGCAGUCUGUUUAGAGACAAAAAUAUGAUCGCAUUUGUCAUUAGCGGUAUUUUAUUGUGAAAAAUUGGUUAUAUUUUGAAAAUUAAUCCGAUUUUCUCGUGUGUCUUGGCAUAACUUCCUGCCAGGAUUGUCGCAGAUCGCUUGUGGCACGCGCUAAAAAUAGAAAUAAAUAGACGCAGCCGCGAAAGACAGCAGUGAUCCUCAUGUGGUGUGAACUGUGCUAUAGGUUAAUAAGGGUGCCGAAUGGAAGCGGCCUCCGUUCUGCGGCGCUUCCGCGUGUGGCAUCAACCAGGCAUAAGCCUACCCCCACUUCCCAUCAUCUGGUGCAAAAAAAUGGCGAGUUUUGAGCCAAAUGCCAGUUCAGACGACAAAAAUGAAAAUGUACGUAUCUAGUCAUCUGCAAGUCGAUGCAUCAGAAUGCAAUAAAACUGCAAGUGAAUAUGUUGCACGUAGAAGCUUUUUACAAAUACAUUUUCGUGCUUUCUCCCAAUUUACAACAAUAUGAAUAAGAAAUACUCAGAAACGAAAUUUUAAGUUUAUUUUGCUUUAUGUAUGUCCCCCAUCAUGAUGCCGCACAAACAUGUUAAAAACACCUUUUUCAUCGGAGUGGGUCUUUAAUUCAUAUCCCCGCCUCCCAACUUCAUGAGCAAGUUGUUCUAUAUCAAAGAAAAUAUUUGGUCACAUUUCCACCUCACAAUCAAUGUGUGUGUGUUUCUUUUUAGGGAAUGUGCUCCACCAGGAUGAUGUCUAGUUCUGUAAAAAAAAAAAGCAGUCAAAAGCAGGAAGUUUUUCAUGGUGGGGAAUGUAUGUCUUUGGGAGCAUCUCAAAAAGAGUGAGGAAGCACUGCUGCUUUAUAUAUACUUCAGUGCAAAAAUACGUUUUACUAUUCCAGCAGUACUUCUCUCAUUUGUGUGCGUUCCAAGUCAGGAAAAAGUUCUGUAACUUUAAGUAUAGCAGAGAAAAGUUUUAAAAAGAGUAAUCUGGACUUAUUAUAAUGACUUAUCCUGAUGACACUUUUUCAAUCUGUUUCUGCUUUUGUAUCCAUCCUGAAUGAAUGAGUCUUCAUUUUUAUGUUUUAAAUAUUGUAUUUCUGAUAAAUUGUAAAUUGUUAACAAAAAUUCUCUCACAACUUGUAUCUUUACAUUUACUAUACUCUUAUUUUUCUGUUCUACUUCUGUGCAUGAGACAAACAUUCCACAUAUUUAGUUCACUCCUACAGAUAUUUUGCGUAAUGCACAGAAGAGCAUGUGUGAUCCGUCUAUAAUGCUCCAUCGCUAUGAAGCAAAUAUUCAAGUUAUUUAUUUUAUAGUUGCUCUGCCUCGACCCGCCCCCGAAAACCACAUACACACAUGACUUGGAAAUGCUUACAAAUUGUGCUGAAAGAACAUUUGUGUCUUCCCUUUGUCCAAACUGCUCUUUGUCAUCCUCUUUUGUUCUGGUGCCAAAAGACUCCUUUGCUGUUGUACAAAUCCAAACUCCUUUCUGCUCAGAUAAAAAGUAAAUCUGUUUUAAGUGGAAAAUUCCCAUUAAAAUAAAGCUUCUAUGCCUAAUGAGUAAAGAAUUAUUCUGUGAA